GACAGGCUGUCUGAACCAGGUCUCAAGAUGUAGGAGCUGCAGCAGAAGAGCCCUCAGUCAGAGUGUUUGUGAACGCAGCAUCACAUCAGGGGACCUGUGUUUCAAGGAUAGUGAAGGUGGAGAGGCGCAACCCGAGAAGCCUCCCCCCUCCACCUGCACAGAGGAUGAGAAAAUAGCCCUUAUUCAGCAAGGAGUGAGAGCAUCAUCGUCCGGAGGAUCAGAUGUUGUCCACGGCUCAGCAGAUGCUGCAGGAUAGCCGCUCCAAGAUCGAGCUGAUCCGAAUGCAGAUUAUCAAAGUCACCCAGGCUGGCAGCAGUGGCGGCGGCGGCGGCGGCGGUGGAGGUGGAGAUGAUUGUGGCGGCGACCAUGACAGCUCCACUACACAUGGAGGGAUCUCGCCGCUCGCCAUCAGUCCCGUGGACGCUCGCUUGGCAGAGCUGCAGCACUACAUGCAGAGAGAGAGCGACGUGCUGGAGCUGGCCAAAGAUGUGGUGAAGCAGCUGGAGGGGAUCUCCUCGCUGGACCAGACGGCACUGGCUGAGGCUCAGUCCCGGGUGCAGGAGUCCUCCCAGAAGCUGGAUCUUCUGCGUCUGUCUCUGGAGAAGUGUCUGAAGGAGAAGAAGCAGGAGCCGCCUCCGCAGCCGCCUGCAGGAGGAGUCGAGCCCUCGAACGGACCCCCGUCUCCUCAGAACUCCAGUCCUGUGUGUCGCCUGUCCUCCUCCCCGUCCAUCUUCUCCAUCAGACCUGCUUCUCUGACAGGGAAACUUGAAGUGAGACUUCUUGGAUGUGAGGAUUUAUCAGAACUUCAGACGAACCCGGAGCAGAGUCCAAAUGAGGACAGAUCCCCCUCCGCUCAGAGGACGGAUGGACGCUCGGCGGAGGUCAGCGCGGUGCUCAGACUCGACACCCGGGUGGUCGGUCGGACUCGCUGUGCGGCCGUCGGCAAACCGAGCUGGGACGAGACGUUCUGCGUCCAGCUGGAGAGGUCUCGGGAGCUGGAGAUCGGAGUCUACCGGGGGGAGCGGAGGGAGAUGUGUGCCGUUAAGUUCCUCCGACUGGAAGAGCUGAUGGAGAACCAGAACCCAGACCAGGAGUUCAGACUGGAGCCGCAGGGCGUCCUGCACGCCGAGCUUCGAUUCAUCGACGCUGUGGUUGAGCGGCAGCCGAAGCUGAGGCGUCAGAGAUGCAUCUUCACUAAAGAGAGAGGUAAAAACUUCCUGAGAGCCGCUCAGAUGAACAUGAACUUUGCCACGUGGGGUCACCUGAUGAUGAACAUCCUCCCUCGAUACAGCUCCUUCACCACCUUCAGCUCGUCCCUCUCCACGACCCCCGACCCCGGGGUGGACAGCAGCUCACGCCCCUCAGAGAGAGAGCCUCAAACCAACUCUGCACUGCCAAGUGAAGUUCCAGUUAUCACAAUCAGCCUCAUUGAGGACCAGAAGACUCCCACCAGCCUCGACCAGGGAGACCACACCUCCGCCAUCAUCGCCACGGAUCACAGAACCUCGCCUGCGCUCGCAUCGCAAGAAACACUGUCGUCCAUGAACAGCUCAGAGGGAAGUGAGGAUCCACUCGUAUCGUCUCCAAAGAUGCAGGUGGAUGACUUCAGAUACAUUUCAGUUCUGGGUCGAGGACACUUUGGGAAGGUUCUCCUCGCUGAGUUCAAGAAAACAGGGAAACUGUACGCCAUCAAAGCCUUGAAGAAGAAAGACAUCGUGACCCGGGAUGAAGUGGACAGCCUGAUGAGCGAGAAGAGGAUCUUUGAGAUGAUCAACGCCUCCAGACAUCCGUUCCUGGUGAACCUCCACGGCUGCUUCCAGACCGGGGAUCACGUCUGCUUCGUCAUGGAGUACUUACCGGGCGGAGACCUCAUGAUCCACAUCCACAACGACGUCUUCUCUGAGGCUCAGACCAGGUUUUACUCAGCGUGUGUCGUGCUCGGGUUAGAGUUCCUCCAUCUGAAUAAAAUCAUCUACAGAGACCUGAAGCUGGACAACCUGCUGAUGGACGCAGACGGGUUCGUGAAGAUCACAGACUUUGGACUUUGUAAAGAAGGGAUGGGUCACGGGGACCGGACCUCGACUUUCUGCGGCACUCCAGAGUUUUUGGCUCCAGAGGUCCUGACAGACGAUAACUACACCCGGGCCGUGGACUGGUGGGGGAUGGGCGUCCUGAUCUACGAGAUGCUCGUGGGAGAGUCUCCGUUCCCCGGUGAGGAUGAGGAGGAGGUGUUCGACAGCAUCGUGAAUGAUGACGUUCAGUACCCAGCGUCUCUUCCUCCUGACGUCGUCUCCAUCGUGCAGAAGCUGCUGAAGAAGAAUCCUCUGAAGAGACUCGGAGCCGGAGAGAGGGACGCCAAUGAGGUCAAAGGAGACUCAUACUACGAGAUCAUCGACUGGGAAGCUCUCCUCGCCAAGAAGCUCAAACCUCCGUUCCUCCCGUCCAUCAAGGAGUCGGUGGACGUCAGUAACUUCGACAGCGACUUCACUCGCCUCCAGCCCGUCCUGUCGCCGCCGUCCAAACCCUUCGUCCUCUCCGCCGAGCAGCAGGAAGCCUUCGUGGACUUCGACUUCUGCGCCCUGCACGGAUGAGAGGCGGGCUGGAGAGAGAGAGAGAGAGAGCGGGGUGGGAAACAGACCAGGCUUUAAAUUUUCAUUUAGAGGAAAGAAGUCUGACCUUUGAGGGGACAGGGUGAAGUCAGGAAUCCAGGAUCAGGUAAUCCAGUCUGCUGCUUCACUGAAAACUGGAUCAACGUGAUCCAGAUAGAGAUUACCAAAUCCAGAUCACUGCAUACAUGUUCAUGUUCUCAAACUGGAGGUUUAAACCCGAUACACACUGAGACUGGAUUACCUGAUCCGGUCUGACGUCAGGACCUUUUGUUUUCCUUCUUUUGAGCUUUAAUCCAGUCAGACUACUGAACAACAUCCGGGGCCAGGAGCAGGACAAACCAUCCUCCCUGACUGAAGUUUCCCACCCUCGUCUUUCCGUCUCUUCCAAAUCAAACUCUUUAUUAUUUCCUGCAGCUCGAUGACUCCGAUCAGAGUUCUUCAUCCGACCACACGGCUGAUUUGUGACUGUUGUCACCGGUUAUCUGACGGACCGUCGGACGUGGAUCAAAUAAUGAGGCAGCGUCUUCUCUUUAGUUUCUAACAGAGCGAGGACAGAGACUGUGAGGAUCAUAAUCUCUGAGGAGAGGAAGGAUCCUCAGAAACACCUGAUCCUGGAUUCAGAGUUUUAUUAUGAGCUUAGAUUAAACUGGAGGUUGUACAGACAGAUUUAAACAAUGUGAAACAGGAUGCUUUAAGAGGUUAGCAUCUCUUCCUCCUUCUUCUUCUUCUUCUCUCUUUAAAGUUUAACUCUGAUUCUCCAUUGAAAUGUUAAAAUCUCUUGAUCAGAUAUUUGAAAUCAUUGAUUAUUGAUGUCAGCAUCGAUAAUCUGGAUUAAUCCGGCUUCACCUCUGCAGUGAUUUCAGCUCAGUUAUAAGCGAAGUAGCUGCUGAUGUCAUUAUGCUAAUGCUAACAGCUACAUCUUGCUGUAACUGGAUGUUAAAAAGAGGACAGGAUAGUUUGAGGUAGAGCUCAUCCACUCUAGGUAAGGCUGUACGCUCCACCUCCCCCUAAAUCCACCCCUUUAAUGAUGGAAGAGAGAUUAGAGAGGAUGGAGAGAACAGUGUGAAGAGAGGUGUUAGAAAGAGGACAGGGAAGGCGGAGCCAGAAGCGUAUUUGGGCUAGAGCUUAAUCCUGCAAGGUUUGGCUGUACGCUCUACCUCCCCCUGUUCCCCAAUUUUCAAGAGGAAAGAGAAAAAAUAAGAGGAAAGGAGAGAGAUCAAGGAAAGCUGAGCCAGGGUUAGAAGCCUGUUGGGGUUUGAGCUCACCACAACCAGGUUUGGCUGUACGCUCUACCUCCCCCUACUGUCCUUCUUUAGAAAGAAAGGAGAGAACAGAGUGAAGAGUGUGUAGAGAGGUGUUAGAAAGAAGACAGGGAAGGCAGAGCCAGAGCAGGAAGCGUAUUCAUGCUAGAGCUCACUUCUGCAAAUUUAGGCUGUACGCUCUACCUCCCCCUGCUCCCCAAUUAUAGUGAAGGAAGAGAGAAGGUGGAGAUGAAGAGUGUGUAGAAAGGUGUUAGGAUCAGAACAGGGAAGGCAGAUCCAGAGCCAGAAGUCUGGGCUACAGCUCAGCCCUACUAGGUACAGCUGUACGCUCUACCUCCCCCUCAAUCCACCACUUUAAUGAGGAAAGAGAGGAGAGGAGAAAAAGAAGAAACAAGAGGUGAGGCUGAAGAAAA